AUGGAGAUCUUGCACAGGGAGCUUGCAAAGCGAACUUGCGCAAAGACUACCAGCGCGCAGCACUUGUGCACAGAACUUGCAAGAGAGCCUCUCGAGCUGCGGCUCGAAGGCAUGCUUUUCGGAAAGGACCUGCGUCGGUGCAGGAACAGCAUGAAGGCAGGCUGCCUGCCUCACGGCUUCACGAAGGGCUUCUUCACCCUGAAAGGUGGCGAGCUCAAUUUUUUUGACAAGCCAGAGAGCAGCUCCCAUAAGCUGCUGGACCUGCUCGGUGCGGAGAUCGCGUUGGAGACCUCGUCAUCUCAGGCAGCUCCGCACUUUGAGCCAGGCUUCUCCUACAGGGUUUGUGUGAUGCCCAGGGCAGCAGGGCGCCUGUGGCUCUAUGCGUCGUCACAGGCCUUGGCCAAGCACUGGUAUCGAUCCAUCAGAUUGGCGACUGCCAUCAAUGAAUCCAAGAAGGGUAAGCUCGCUUUAGAGGUGCCACUGGAGACCAUUGCAAACUUUUUGCGGCAGCAUUGCCGGCGCCGGGCCUGGGAAGUGCUGGUGCACUACCACCAAGCCUGGUUGGUGAGGCAUCACCUGCUCUCGGACUGCAUUCGCAGCUUGGAGUCAGCCCAUCGCUUUCAGAAGGUUCUGGGUACGUGGACAAAGCUGCGCAAGGUUUUCAGAGAGAGGAGCCGGCUGCAGGUGCAGGAACCCUCGACGCCAAAGCAGCUCGAGGGCUUGCCUGCGGCAGAGCUGCAAAGGCUGCGCCACAAGGCGAUCUCAUGGUUGCAGCACAAGGCCAAGGAAUUGGAAUCUUCGACUAGAUCUCCGGCAGCAGGCCGCCAUGGGUGGCCGGUUUCGCACCGCGUGCUGCGGACUACGAUGCCCGUGGGUGCUUGCUACAAGGCAGUCAGCGAGCAGGAAGCGUUGGCUUUCCUCAGAGCCCACUAUGAGGCUUCCAGCGCCUCAUCGGCCUCAGUGCCUAGUUCGUCAGAGAGCUCGAAGUGCUUGCUGUCCACGAGCUCCGAAGAAAGUUUACAGCCUUGUGAGGCCUUCCUAUGGGCCUCUGAAAGCAAGCUCUGUUUUCAACGGGCUGAAGAUGCCUCAAAGCCGCCACGAUGGGUCCAAAUCAGCGAGAUUUCCUCCGUGGUGAUGCAUUCAGAUCGCAUGGAUCAGUUCAGCCCGAAUGCUGGCCCAUGGUUGACCCUACGUGGGCCGCGGCUGAGAGGUGGCAUGAUUCAUCAGCCACCCAGCGACCUGAGCCAAAGUCUCCGAAUCACGAUAGCUGUCAGGUCAGGCUGUGUGCCGCAGUCAGAGAAGCGGAUGUGUACGCGCGCCUAUUUGAGCCUUUUGGGCCAACGGCUUGCCAGCACAAUCCAAACUGGGGAGGAUGUGGAUUAUACAUGUGCACUCAACCGGACCAUUCCGCUGCCGCCUGGCGCGGAUGCCGAGCCGUUGCUGCGAAGCAUCGAAGAUGCGGUUUGCAGCUUGGACAUUGUUCAGGAGUUGCAUCCGGACAUGCCCCAGGACACCAAGUUUCAGCGGCGAGUCCUUUGCGGGAAUCGCAUCGCUUUGUGGCGUUUGCUGUCUACUGCCAACGAGAUGCCCAAGGAGAAGACAACUGCCCCCCUGGAAGAAGAUGUUUCAUCUUCCUGGCGCAUCCCGCUUCUCAAGUAUGGGAACGAAAGUACGACGGGGAAGGCUUUUGUGGAGCUCCACGUGAGAGCUGAGCGGGUGUCAGCAGCUCUAUCUAGUCCCGACAUCAUCGCUUCUCAUCAUGACGAUUGGGGUCUUGGCACCCAGGCGCUGCAGCUGAAGCUUGGCGACAUUUGCGGCGUGGAGCUGACCCAGGACUCCCGCGUAGAGCUUCUUCACAAUGGCUUCAGCUGCUACACACUCUCCGCAUCCUCGUUCAAAGGCUGCUUCUUGCAGCUGCCGCUGCUGCAAGGGCGCCUGACGCUGCGAGUGACGCGCCGCGCCCGGAAGACUCCUGAGCUGGACUUUGAGGGGCUGCUGGCCGCGGCCAAUCGGGGUGGGCAGAAGCGUCAGGACUCUGUUUGCAUCUGCCAUGCAGAUCUCAUGGUGGGUGACUUGAAGCCCGACUUCGGCGAGUUCCAGUGGCUUCCGCUGGCACAUGGCCAGGUGCCGAAGGAGGCGUCGCCGGGCACGUUGCUGGCCUGGUUCGAGGUGGCUUUGGCACAGCCCAGGGGGCCAGCGCUGCAGGUGGCGGCGCGGGUCACGGAGACGCCGGCGCCGCCGCGGGUGACGGUGGGCGACCACGCCACGCUGGCCUUGGAGGAGGCGCUGUUGUACCCCACCAGCCGCAAGCAGCACCAGGACUCCUUAGCUCCAGGCAGCUGGGAUGAGAGUCGGGCAGGAACCAAAGGAGUUCCGCUGAGACUGCCGCGCACGAUCCUCGAGCUGGUCCAGUCAGAUCUACCCGAUGAUCAAGGCCACCGUGCGCAACUUUCAGCUAACCUUCUGCGAAAGCCGCCACCCUGUGAGCAGUGGCCAGACCCAGAACCGGUGCCUGUGAAGUUUGCCAUCCGGAGUGAUGAGAAUGAGUGCGACUUCCGAAGACGCGGUUUGCCGGCCACUUGGCAGCGGGUGCAAGAAGCAUUGGCACAGGCUGGGAGCAGACGGGCGGAUUCCAGGAAGCUGGUGGAGUCGCUGACCCACGCUCUCCGGCAGGUAUCGGUGCAAGUGCUGGCUUUGCGAAGCGACAGCACCUGCGAUGUUGAGCUCUCGCCUGGCUUUGUUCAGAAUUGGCAGGCGCACCCUGCUCGGCGGUACUGCUUGCCGGGAACAGCAACUGCCCUGGGCGAGCCCCUGCGGCUGGUUCUGUCUGGCGUUCCUCUGGAAAUGAUCCAGGCAAAGCAUUCAGCCAGCUUCCCCGUCUAUGACGCUUCCACUUUACAACCUGAGGAUGCGAUCGUGACGUCCAAGCGAAAAGCUGGCUGCAUCGUCGCUGGUCCUGUCCCUCUAGAUGUUGCCUUAUCUCGUCACGAGUGGAUGCUCCACCUGCGGGUGGACAAUGAGCAAAACCUUCACCGGCUGGUAGCGAACAUCCGACAAUGUGUGCGUCUGCAGACAGAGGUCUCAAAACUGCCAGAGGGCAACGCUGGUUGCAGCAUGGGCCAGUUGGAAGUUUUACUCGUCCGCGCGAAGAAUGUUUUCCCCAGGAGAGUGUGCCGCUCUGUAACAGGCUCCCUGGAUGCGAUCAUAGGAGGAAAGCCAGUCAUGCAGGCUGUGAAGGAUUUACUCCAACCGGAGCAACACCUUAGACUGUUUGUUCGUCUCCGGCUUUUCCAGGGGGAGAAGGUGCUAAGCAUCCUUGGCGAGGAGUACUUCGAUUCGCCCGUGCAGGAAGGUUCGAUAAGCCCCUGCUGGACUGGGCUGGACCAUGACGGCAUUCAUGAUGGCUGGGCUUUCAACACCCUGGCCUUUGAUCCAGCAAGGAUGUCUGGUCUCGUGCUGGAGCUGGAGCUCUGCAACCAAAGCCUCGGCGGAGAAGACAGCCUCGGAAAAGUCCGCAUUCCAGUGACGCACAAGAACUUCCUCACAAAUGCACAGGAGCCUUUCAGAAAUCUUUGGUUGCCUUUGACGUCAGAGGAGGAUGGCAAGUGGAUGGUCACCCAGUGCGGAGAUAUACACAUUCUCACACUGUGGCAGCCACUCGGCCCAGAUCAACCUCCAGGCCAGGCACCAGGGACUUAUCGAAGAAGCUCUGCAAUGGCCUACCUGAAGCAUCAAGUGAGGAUGGACAAGUCCCUGGCACAGUCUGAGCCCUGGCUCAUGCCUUUUGUGGCGGCUUUUGUGAUGCAGUUGCAGCCCCCAGUUCCCGCAAGCUACUUCAACUCCAUCAGAGGUCUCCAAGACCUGCAGGUGGGGAAGGUGCUCUAUGCUUUUCGCUUGUGCCAGUUGGCAGUUGCCGACGCUGGUCCCUACGAGGCCAAAGUCCGGCACUUGGUCCUGGAGUCCUUAUUUGCCACCCUGACAAACGUGAAUUUUGACGACUCCCGAUUUCAGCGAUACUUGAAAGAGGCCGCUGAACUCGUCAGUAAGAUGGAGGAGCACUUGCAGCAUGCUGGCCGUGCGGUACCACCAGCUCCAUCGCCAUUGCCGACAAAACUUCCAGAUGGACACAAGGAGUUGCUGGAUGCAGCUAAGCCAGCGGGCCUUUUGGCCCGUUCCAGCCUGAUUGGUAACCAGGAUCUCUUUGGAGUCAUGGAGAUGUGCACCUAUGGCUUGAAGGGCACCUGUGCCUACUUCUAUCACGCAGAGCAUUUAGAAGCAGGGGACGCUGCUUACAAUGAGGCGGAGUGUGAGCAGGUCUAUCAGGAGAUCUACCGUAUUGGCAGCUAUUUGGCGGACAAUUGCAGCUGCAAGCCUAAGGAGGAUGCUCUGUCUGUGGCCCUGUCAGAGUGCUUGGCCGUCGGGGCAUUGAAUCUGAAGGUCAUGAAGAUGUUGGAUGCUGCCCACAACGUGCUGCUGGGCACUCCAACUCCGACUGAGGUGACCCAGGAGCCGCCAGAGGGCCCUGCUAUCCUGGUGAGCGGCCAUGACUUGGCGGUCUUGCAUCGGCUGCUGCAGCAGACCGAGGGCAAGUCUUUGAACAUUUACACGCAUGGAGAGCUGCUGCCAGCCCACGCGUAUCCAAAUCUCAAGAAGUUCAAGCACUUGCGCGGGCACUUCGGAACCCACUGGGGGAAUCAGCAGAAGGAGUUCAGGCACUUCCCUGGCAUUAUUUUGAUGACUUCCAACUGCCUGAUGCCUCCAAUUGGAAAGUACAAAGGCCGAAUUUGGACGUGUGGUCCAGUUGGAUUUGACGACACACCCAAUGUGGAUGAACACAAUUUUGCGCCGCUCAUCCAGCAG